GCAGUUUGUCCUUCAACGUAAAAGUUUCAAAUGCUAUAAAUCCGUACAAACUCCCAUCCUCCAUUUCCGAUUUUCAACUUCAUUUCCACUCUGUGAAAACCCUUACCUUCAAAUCUCUUACCAUCAUCUCUUUUUUCCUCGUCCGGCGUAAAGUUUUAUAAGGUGACGAUGAUGGACUCGUCUCUCCGGAGACUGGCAACGGCGACGGCCGGAUUGAAGUUCCUCACGGUUACUCUAUUUCUAUUGCCGUUUCUGUAUGAUUUCAGAUCUGCCGCUCAACUUCUGCCUGCAGAAGAAGUUGAAGCUCUACAGUCGAUAGCAUCAAGUCUACAAUACAACAAUUGGCGGGUUUCUUCAGAUUCAUGCAGCGGAGGUGGAGGGCUUAAUAACACAAAUUCCGAUAAUGGGCAAGGGCUUAUGAGAUUCGGCAGCAAUGUAACCUGCAGCUGUAACAGCACUGUUUGCCACAUUACACGCAUCCAGUUAAAGGGACUUAAUUUGACAGGAGUUCUACCUGAAGAAUUUGCAAACCUCACUUUUCUGCAAGAAAUAGAUCUCUCCCGCAACUAUAUCAAUGGAACAAUUCCAGCACGUUUUGGUCAGCUUCGCAUAACCAUCUUAAGUCUUUUGGGAAACCGCAUUAGUGGUCCAAUACCAAGAGAGAUAGGUGACAUCUCUACACUUGAGGAGCUGGUCUUGGAAGACAAUUUGCUUUCAGGACAGCUUCCUUCAAGCCUUGGUCGUUUGACUCGCUUGAGAAGAAUCCUUCUUUCUGCAAAUAAUUUUACAGGAACUGUUCCAGAAUCGUAUGGAAAUCUCACUAAUCUAGAAGAUUUUAGGAUAGAUGGGAGUACAUUAUCAGGGAGAAUACCUAGCUUUAUUGGAAACUGGACAAGGCUCAUAAGACUUGAUUGGCAAGGAACAUCGAUGGAGGGACCUAUUCCUUCUACAAUAUCUCUGUUGACAAACUUACAAGAAUUGAGGAUAACUGAUUUGACUGGACCAAGUACAAACUUUCCCAAUCUGCAAAAUCUGACACGGAUGGUUAGACUGCAUUUGAGAAAUUGCUUGCUCACAGGUUCAAUACCUGAGUACAUAGUACAGAUGAGUGGCAUGAAAAACCUAGACCUAAGCUUCAACAGGUUGACUGGUACAGUACCCGAUUCAAUUGGAAGGCUGAGUUUCGACUCUGUGUUUUUUAAUAACAACUCGCUAUCUGGAGACAUCCCAGGAUGGGCAUUCGCUUUCAAUAACAGAAAGAUUGAUUUAUCCUACAACAAUUUUACACAGUCACAACAAAGGAACUGUCAGCCAUCUAGCUUGAAUCUAGUUUCUGCCCUUUCACCUACAGAAGCAAGCAACUCAAAUUCUUGGUGUAUGACAGACGGACUUACAUGCAGCCGAAACCCCAACCGUUAUGAAUUAUAUAUCAAUUGUGGUGGAACGAGUUUAGAUUUUGAGGGAAAUGAAUACGAACAAGAUUUGACCGAUGAGCAGUCGUACUUUAAUCCUUCGGGUGAGAGAUGGGCUUAUAGCAGCAACGGUGUUUUCAUGGGCAAUGAUAACGCUCCAUUUGUCGCAAGAACUAACAACGUCAUAGGUGGCGAUGUAUACAGAUCCGCCCGUCUUUCUCCUACUUCCCUUAGAUACUAUGGACUCUGUUUGAGAUCCGGUAGCUACAAAGUCCGACUCCACUUUGCUGAAAUAAUGUACUCAGAUGAUAUGACAUUUAGCAGCCUGGGAAGGCGCAUUUUCGAUGUCUCAAUUCAAGGGGAUCUGAAACUGAAAGAUUUUAACAUAGUGGAAGCAGCUAAUGGGAAAGGGACUACUGCAAUUCCAGAUCGAGGUGUAUAUGGUCCUCUUAUAUCAGCCAUCACAAUAACACCAAACUUUAAGGUUUCAACAGGUGGCCUAUCUGCCGGAGCUAUAGCUGGAAUUGUGAUUGGUUGUUGUGCAUUUGUCCUGUUGAUUUUAGCUGUUCUUUGGAAGCUAGGUUAUCUAGGAGGUGACAAAGAAGACAAAGAACUUCGAGCUCUUGAAUUACAAACGGGUUAUUACAGUCUACGACAAAUCAAAGCUGCAACACAUAACUUUGACUCCGCAAACAAGAUUGGUGAAGGUGGGUUUGGACCUGUUUACAAGGGCGUACUCACAGAUGGGUCCACAAUCGCUGUUAAGCAACUCUCCUCAAAAUCAAAACAAGGAAACCGAGAAUUUGUGACCGAAAUAGGCAUGAUAUCCGCUUUACAACAUCCAAAUCUCGUUAAACUUUACGGGUGUUGUAUAGAAGGAAACCAAUUGUUACUGAUAUAUGAAUACCUUGAAAACAAUAGCCUUGCACGUGCUCUUUUUGGUAAAGAAGACCAGCGGCUUAAUUUAGACUGGAAAACAAGACAAAAGAUAUGCACACAAGUGGCUAAAGGGUUGGCUUAUUUACAUGAGGAAUCGAGGUUGAAAAUUGUUCACAGAGACAUAAAAGCUACCAAUGUGCUUCUUGAUAAGGACCUUAAUGCCAAAAUAUCAGACUUUGGUCUUGCCAAACUUGAUGAAGGAGAAAACACUCAUAUUAGCACACGGAUCGCUGGAACAAUAGGAUAUAUGGCUCCAGAAUAUGCUAUGAGAGGAUACUUGACGGAUAAAGCAGAUGUUUACAGCUUUGGAAUUGUUGCUUUAGAGAUUGUGAGCGGGAAAAGUAAUACAAAUUACCGGCCAAAAGAGGAGUUUGUCUACCUUCUUGAUUGGGCCUAUGUUCUACAAGAGCAAGGAAAUCUACUGGAACUUGUGGACCCCAUACUCGGUUCACAUUAUUCUAAAAAGGAGGCAAUGAGAAUGUUGGACGUGGCCCUACUAUGCACGAAUCCAUCACCAUCACUCAGGCCCGCCAUGUCAGCGGUGGUGAAUAUGUUGGACGGGAAGAUUCCGGUUCAACCAUCAGUGGUGAAACGGAAUGGAAUGGAUGAUGCCAUGAGGUUUAGAGCCUUUGAAAUCAUAUCACAAGAUAGUCAAACUCAAACACGCUCUUCUAUUAUAUCGCCCGAAAGUCAACUCCCACGGAGCACCACUAUAGAUGAUCCAUGGGUAGAUUCAUCUGUGUAGAGAAUGUUGUUAUUCUUUCUCAUGAUUUGUUGUUGUGAAAAUAUGUUUGUAAAUUGCAUAUAUGAGUUUCAUCAAUGUUUUUCUAAAUUUCUGAAAUAUUUGUAGAAAAUGGAACAUACAUUGGAAAAAUGUGAAAUUUUGCUCUGUAUAAAUCUCUUGAUUUUAAAAGAACAAAGAUAUAAUUUAG